CAGUGCAUAGUUAACAACUAUCUACCACCUUUACUACAUUGAGGAAAUGGAAUAUGGGGGUGAAAGGAAGAGCUUUAUUUGCUGUUGAAAGUGUUAGAUUCAGUGUGGUAGACAACAUGCAGAAAUAUGAAGUCAUUUCCAGAAAACACAGCUGUUCUCUGUGGGCUAUGUUCUUCAUCUGACUAAGGAGUUACCUGUGUCCAUGAGGAGUGCUUUGGGCGAUGGUGGCAGAAGAUUUAGAGGCUGAUUCUAACCUCCAGUGACUUCAGUGGAGUUACACCUGCAUUACACAAGCCACAUUCAGGGAGGCUGGAACAAUCAGAACUGCUACUGCAAACUCAGUCCCUGCAUUUACUGAUACGUCAGCAUAACUGAGUCGAAGACUAAUGUUGCUUUGGUGUAUGAUAAGGAAAAGAACAACUCCCUCCCUUUGCCGCUAUUUAGAAACCUGAUUGUCUAUUUGAGGAGGUUCAUGAACCACCCAGCUCCAGCAAACAGCCGCUACAAACCCACGUGCUAUGAACAUGCUGCUAACUGUUAUACACACGCAUUCCUCAUUUUUCCAGCCAUUGUGGGUAGUGCCCUCCUCCACCGGCUCUCUGAUGAUCGAUGGGAAAAGAUAACCGCAUGGAUGUAUGGCAUGGGCCUCUGUGCACUCUUCAUUGUUUCCACGGUGUUUCACAUUGUUUCCUGGAAAAAGAGUCACUUAAGGACAAUGGAGCAUUGUUUUCACAUGUGUGACAGAAUGGUGAUCUAUGUCUUUAUUGCAGCAUCAUAUGCACCGUGGUUAAAUCUUCGUGAGCUUGGACCUCUGGCAUCUCAUAUGCGUUGGUUUAUCUGGCUAAUGGCAGCUGGAGGAACCAUUUAUGUAUUUCUCUACCAUGAAAAGUAUAAGAUUGUUGAACUCCUUUUCUAUUUAGCAAUGGGAUUUUCUCCUGCUCUGGUAGUGAUAUCCAUGAACAACACCGAUGGACUUCAAGAAGUUGCCUGGGGAGGCUUAAUUUAUUGCAUGGGAGUGGUGUUCUUCAAGAGCGAUGGAAUCAUUCCAUUUGCCCAUGCCAUCUGGCACAUGUUUGUAGCUAUUGCAGCUGCGGUUCAUUACUAUGCCAUUUGGAAGUACCUUUACAGAAGCCCUGCAGACAUUAUCCGUCACUUAUGAUUUUUUUAAAAAAAAAACCUGCACUAGGCCUCCAUAACAGUAUUAUUUGAUGUAAGGAACUCUGGGGAAUUGAGAAAUUGCGCAGGAAAAAUUGCACUGACAUAGUUCUCUGAAUGCAUUUACUGUGAACAGAUGUUAAAUAAGGUAUCCUGGAACUGCCCUUCAUACAGCAAGUACUGUAAAUAAUCAAGAUACUAAAGUACAGUACUGAUAGUCCAUUCCACAUUAGUAGAACUGGGUUCCUGAUAUUUAUUAACUAGAAUUUUUGUAUUCUAGAUUAAUUUUACAGUUUUUACUAUAAGAAUUUUCUAAAUUAGUGUUUCAAAUUGUGAAAGUCAGUGCAAUAGCAAAGAUGUAACUUCUUUUGUUUUAAAAUUUGGUUUCUACUGUGUUUUUUUCACUAGCCAUUUAAUAAACAUGAAUCAUGGAGGGAUAGAUCUAGUUUUACCGUACGUCAUCUUAGCAUAAUAUGGCUUUUAUAGAAAUUUUAAAUUGUUUGUUUUUUGUAAAUUUUAAAAGUACAUUUAUUGAAAUGAAAACACACAACUGUCUUCUAUGCAGUUAUUCAUAUUGCAAACUCUUAACAAGAAGCUUACAUUCCACAUACUGUUCCGACAAGCAAACAUUAUGCCUCUUCCAAAGGUUUUAUUACAAGUGUAGUUGUAAGUAAAGUUUUUUUUUUUAAAAUUAUGAAUUUCAAAACAUGGUUUUGCCAAGCUUGAGUGUGAAAACAUGCUGCUCACUAUAAUACAUUUAGUUGUUAGUUAGGGCUUGUCUACAUGCUGGAAUAAUGCAGAUUACAGGAUGUGAUUUGUAAAGUGCACGAACAUGCUACAUGUGAAUUGUCCAUAUGGCCCCAGAUGCGGCACAUUAACGUAGUGCUAUUUGGAACAGUAUUAUGUUAAAGUGCACUAGGGAGCCUUUAGUGCACACCAGCAUGGUCUGUAUCAACCAAAUAAUGUGAGCGUACCCCUGUAGUCCACAUUACCACACCAUGUAGACAA